UGCUAUAAAUAUACUAAAUUUCAGUGAAUAAACAUAUUUUAAAAUGCUUUUGGAAGAGCAGGCUAAUCUCACAGCACUUGCAAACUUUGAGUGCUCGGAUAGAAGGGCUAGUGUAAAAGAAUACUCUCGCUCUGUUUUUCAAAGAGCAAUUGCAAAGAUAUGCAAACAUUCUGGGUUUAUUCGAAUUCAAGCGGCUGCUCUUAUAUUACUAACAGAUAUUUUGGAAGCUUUUUUGGAAAAAGUUGGAAAGCUCUCCUCAGAGAAUGCUUUAUUGGUAGGCAGAUCUCAGUGCAAUGCUCUGGAUAUAAAUCUUGCCUUAGAAAGCUUGGGAUUUAAAAAGGAUGACUGGGAAAAACUGUUUGAUGAGACCAUUUCUGAGUUUGAUACAAAUGCUAUUACAUUUCCUUUGACUGUUAAGAAAGAGGAAUCUCAUCUGCUAAUAAGAAAAAUAAUUUCUCAUUCUCAACCUCCUCCAUCCUGUAAAGACCUUUUUUUACCACCUUUUCCUCCUGACCACUCUUAUAAAAAUUCUCCGGUCUACAACCCUAUUGUAAUUGGAGGAAAAAGCACAAGAAUAAGAAAAGCUGAACAAAUACAACAAAUUCAGCAGAGUUUCGCGAAAUUUUUGAUCAAUUCACGACACUCAUCUUCACUUCCUUUACGUGUUACUAUUAAAGAAAUGGAUUUGCAACUCGAUUACGCGGUACUUCCAAUUAAGGAGUCGUACGUAGCUUCUCUAGCGUCUCACCACGCAAUGGACGCGACCGAGCUUAAUUUAGAAGAACUUAAGCAAUCACAUGUAUUUAUGAAUGACGAAUCUAAAAAAAACUGA